CGCUCCGGUAGCGGAAGUGCCUCUUCUUGAGAGUGGAGGAUUCGCUUCCGGGCGCUGCUGGCCGAGGGAACUGAGGGGGGAGCAGCGUCGGCGGCGUCGGCCGGGGGGAAGGUGGCACUCGGGCCAGGACCGAGCUCCCUCCGGCGGACCCGCCAUGUGAGGAGACUCCCGACGCCCCCUCAGGUUACACCAUACACCAGAAGACAUGGACAGCAGCAGUUUAAUCCAGUUUGACGUUCCGGAGUACAGCAGCACCGUACUGAGCCAAUUGAAUGAGCUCCGCCUGCAGGGAAAGCUUUGUGAUAUCAUUGUGCAUAUUCAGGGUCAGCCGUUUAGAGCUCACAAAGCUGUCCUAGCUGCCAGUUCUCCAUAUUUCCGUGACCAUUCUGCAUUAAGUACCAUGAGCGGCCUCUCAAUAUCAGUUAUUAAAAAUCCCAGUGUCUUUGAACAGUUGCUUUCUUUUUGUUACACUGGAAGGAUGUCUUUGCAACUGAAGGAUGUUGUUAGCUUUCUAACUGCAGCUAGUUUUCUGCAGAUGCAGUGUGUCAUUGAUAAGUGCACACAGAUACUUGAAAGUAUCCAUUCAAAGAUCAGUGUCGGUGAAGUUGACUCUGUCACUGUUGGUGCUGAAGAUGCUCCAGAAAACCACAACGGUGUUAAAGAUGACAGUUAUUUUGCCAAUCCAGUGGAAAUCUCUCCUCCCUAUUGCUCUCAGGUGCGGCAGUCUACUUCAGGCAGUGAUUUAAGAAUGGAAACAACUUCCAACAAAUCUUUCCGUAACCGUCUACAAGAAGAAGGGCACUCAGACCGUGGUAGUAGUGGGAGCAUUUCAGAAUAUGAGAUUCAGAUUGAAGGUGAUAAUGACCAAGGGGACUUGGUAGUCAGAGAGAGCCAGGCUGCUGAGGUGAAAGUUAAAAUGGAAAAAUCUGACCGGCCAAGUUGCUCAGAUAGCUCUUCUCUUGGUGAUGAUGGAUACCACACUGAAAUGGUGGACGGCGAGCAAGUAGUCGCUGUUAACAUUGGCUCCUACAGUUCUGUAUUGCACAAUGCCUACUCUCUAUAUUCCCAUGGCUCAUCCCAAUCUGCUAAUGCACCUGACACCUUUGGAAGCCUAAGAAACUCAAGCUCUUCAAGAUCCAUGCUAGGUUCUCUUAGAGGCCGUGGCCGUCAAAAACGGAUCUCUACUAGCUACUUGCAUAGUGAUGUUUCAGCACAAGGAGCUGAUGGAGAAUCUGCAGCGAAUCACCCAGGUUAUGAAAACAGUCCACGGGAAAGGAAUUCAAGAGGUCACUGGUAUGCAUACAGUGAAAGAUUAAUCUGUAUAUACUGUGGGAAGUCUUUCAACCAGAAAGGGAGUCUUGAUAGGCACAUGAGGCUGCACAUGGGAAUAACCCCCUUUGUGUGCAAAUAUUGUGGGAAGAAGUACACGCGCAAGGACCAACUCGAGUACCAUAUCCGUGGCCACACAGAUGACAAACCUUUCCGCUGUGAGGUCUGUGGAAAAUGUUUCCCUUUCCAGGGAACUUUAAACCAGCACCUGCGAAAGAAUCAUCCUGGUGUAGCAGAAGUAAGAAGCAGAGUUGAGUCUCCAGAAAGAACAGAAGCCUAUAUCGAACAGAGAGAUGAUGAUGCUUCAGCCUCUGAAACGCUGGAUUAUAGCAUGGAUAUACAGACAUCUGAUUAAAAUUUACUGCGUCCCUCAGUGCAACUCAAACAAAGCACAUUGAUCAACACAUUUCCUUCUCGUUUCUUUGAUAAGUUUUGUAACAGGUAUAACAGCAUUGUCAUUUUCCUGAUUUUGCAAGUCUUCUGGUCCCUGUUCCUGGACAGAAGGCUACUGACUUUUUUUCUUUUCUUUGGAAGGAAGUAGGUUUAGCUUUACUCCUAAAAAUGUUUAUAAAGAACAUAAUAUUUUGCAAACAAUACAUGAAGAAGGAGGGAGGCUGGGGCUUCAACAAGAUACUAAAAACAAGCAGAUACGGCCGAAUAGUAUAGCCUCUCCUUUUGUGCUUUGUGCAGCCUAAUCCUAUGUAGGUAUACUUGGAUGCAAGCCCUACUGAAUUCAAUAGGACUUGCUUCCAGUAGUGUGCUAGGAUGGCAGCCUUAACAAACAUGUUAUGUAGGAGCAUAAGGUAUACCUCCCAGAGUCCCAUCUAUGUGUCAUACUAAAUUGUGGGUUUGGGUGGGUGUUUAUUUGUUGUUGUUUGAAUAACUAUUUUGAUAGCUUUGAAUUUUAUAUAAUAUAUAUUAUAUAUAAACAUAUAUACAAUGUUCACUUUUUCUCUUUUGGUUGGGGUGAAUGUAGAAGUAUCUUAAAUGGAAAGGAAAAAAUCCUCUCUAUAAAAGGCUUUCAACUUUUAAUCUUCUCUUUAGGGUUUUUUCCUGCUUUUUCAUGAAGCUUUGCUUUCCCCCCCCCAUGUUCAUAUAUUGUGUCCAAAAGUGAGCAAUGCUUUGAAAUAACUUUGCUCAAUAGCAUGCAUAAACCAAAUGCCAUAAUUGUAUUAACUUUACAAUGGGGAUUGUUUGGGUUUUUUGUCUAGAAUAUAAACUAGACAACCUGUGGUGCUGCCCCUUUUUUAUAUAGAAAUGUGUUGUUAUACUAGCCAACCCAAAAGUAGCAUUGUGGUUUUAAAUGUUUUUACUAUCCUCAGAAUCUACCUUCAUUUCGUACUGUAGAAAGCAUACCAGGUAAAUCAGUCUUACUUUAAUCACUCUGAUUAUAUAUAGUUGGUUUAAAGAAGGCUAAGCAGGACGUUGCAGUCAUUUCUGCAAUAUUUCUGUACAGUGUUCUAGUGAAUCACUUCCACAGAGCUGUUUUCAGGUGCGCCAUAACUUCCGAUUUACCAUUUUCAAGUGAAAUUAAAGCACUUGUAUUUUUACUUUUUGUAACAAUGCCAUGCGGGAUUUAUGAGCAAUAUAUCUUAUUGUAUUAGAGAAGUUCUUUUGGCUUCUCCAUGAUUUCAACAGCUGCUCAGUAUUUUAUUUUUCAUAAAGAGCCAAUGACAAACAAAUUUACACAUCCUUUUAGAAAUUAUUAUUUUUUCUCCUUCAGACGUUUGGUAUCUUUCUAAAGUGGUGCUAACUUUUUUCUAUUACAUCCAUAAUAGAUAUAAAAAAAUGUGAAACCUUACUAUAGUGGAAUCACAGAUUUUUCCAGUUAUUUAUCUGCCUGAAAACACCUCACAAAAGUGUGAGCUGGCAAAUAAUUGCUGUAUGAAAACUCUUAUCAAGUAAAUAGAAUACAGAUGUUUGUGAAUAAUAUUUUUAGUACGUAUAUAUACUUGGAUAUAUUUAUGCUUGGCAGAAUGAGAAACUUCUUGGUAGAUAUAUUCAUCAGGAUAGAAAGCUGUUAGUGACAGAAGCUGCAUGACAAGAGAGACCCCUCCCCCCCGCCCUCCACCCAGCUGUCUCCUCUCCUGGUUCUGCUUCAGUUUCUGCCUUAUAUUCCCUAAGCUAGUGCUGCUGUAGCUUUAAGGUUUCCUGGCAGAGCAGUACAGAGGCAUUAAAAUUAUGCUGGAACAAGCCUGGGCAGUGAGGCACAGUGAGAUGCUUACUUGGCUGGUAGCCAUCAAAAAGGAUCCUUCUGCAGGUACUGUAUAUGGAAUUAUUGGAACCCGUUUUCUCUUUAUUAGAGUUUUAAAUCUUCACCCACUUGUAGGAGCAUUCUGUUCCCUCUUAAAACAAAUUGGAUGUUUGCUUCUUUCCCCACUGAGUGAAAUAGAGAGCGCUGCACAAAAAUUUGUUGACACCUCUCCCAGAUAGGAUAUUCAGAAUGUGUGGAUUUCUUGCUGCCUUCAAGAUUUUGUGUGUUUGUAAUUUAAUGUGUUGACUUUUGAAUCUGAGCCUCUGUUCUUAAUUCUUGUAUGAUUCCCUAAAUUUCUCACAACUGUGAAUUUUAAUCACAUAAAAGUGUAUGGGUUUUCUUAAUAGGAAGUCAUAAUCCUUCAAAAUUCUAAUUCUUCAGGAGCUACUUCUAUUUUUCACUUAUAUUCUGUGAUUUAAAACACUGAGAAAAUAGCUGUGGUUAUACUAUGGGUGGCUGAUAGAUACAGUGUUUGGAGCUUUUGAAGAUCUGUACAAAGUGUUCCAUAAAAAGUACUUUAGCUGGAGAGCAAGUGAUUUAUACAAUUUGUAACCAGCACCCCAUAUCAGCUUUCAUUUUCCAAAUCACUUAAAAAGAAUGAAGCUUGGAUGCUUGCAGUGGUUUUGAGGGCUUGCAGCUUUGUUUGAGAUUAUAAAAGAAUAGACUUCUGCAGUAUUUUUAGAAUGGACUUUUCUUUACUGUUUAUCAAAGCCAAUAAUAAGGAUUAAUGUUAACAGUAAAUCAGGUUUGUUCUCUAGACGCAGUUUUAGUUAGACAAAAUGAUCAUCCUUUUCCUACUAUAGCUGCCUAAGAGAUUCUUUCCCAGGGAAACACUAACUUCCCUCCUUUUCCCUUUCUACUAUUAGUAUAAACAAGGGCUGGAGCCCCAGAAAAGCCAAUUUCAGUGCACAUUCCAUAUGUGCACACAGGCCUUUCCUGCUUUCUGACUUCCUACUACAGCCCCCACCCCACCCCCAUCCACUUCUGAGGAUCAGGAGGCUAGAGCGGUGUAAAAUGAAAUGGGAGGGAUGCAGCUGGGCAGGUAGAAUGGAAUUGGUGACAGACCCAUCCCAAGCAUGCAGAGAAAUGCUUUUCACAGGCCUCUGGAUUUCCAGCCUGCUUCAGGGGAGGGUACAUGUCUGUCCAUUCAUUCUUAUAACACAUUAAGAUACAAAUCAAUUUUAUUCUACCUUUUGAUAUGCUUACAUUUGAGACCAUCAAACAAAAGUCUGGACAUGCAGAGUUAAAAAUGUAACCCUUUACAGUGCACCUGUGCUGUGGUGCCUUUUAAGCCACUUGGGUUUACGCCAUAGUAGUAUUAGUCAAGGAAAGAGGGGAAAGGCAGUUAACUUUGUAUUUCCCUGACUUUUGUCUCUGUGUCAAUCUUAAAAGUUGUUUUAAAUAUAGUUUUUGAAUCUGUAAACAUGGUUGAACUGGUUUGAGUUUACCAAAGAGUGACUUAACAUAAUUUUGGAUAUUUUUGAUUGUACAGCUUUCAGGUUCAAAUGUUGUGGUGGAACUGUUAAAAGCCUAGGAGUUAUCAAUCUCCUGACUUUCGAGAGAUUUUUGAGUUCCAUAUACUCAUUCAUGUUGAUGGCCAAAUUCACAUAAUGCUAAAUCAUGGUUUAGUGCUGUGCACAUGAGCCACAGCAAGUCCAAACAAAGCCGUGGGCACCUAUACUUCUCCCUCUGAUUUCCAUGCAGCUGAAAAGACUUAUGCAGCAUUUAGCUUCACUUUCACAGAAUCACUGGUGGUGAUUUAAAAUAAGCUCUGGUCAGUUUCUAAA